CGGGAAUCGCUGUUGGCCAUCAUCUUCCCCCUCCUUCGUUCAUCCUCUAUUUAUAGCGGCCCCCAGAAUUUCCCGCCCCCCCCCCUUGCUUGUUGUCCAACUUUUCACAGAGCGGCUGGAGAGCAGGCGGCGGGAUUCGGCUGAGGAGGCCACCAUGGCAGAGCUUCAGGAGGUGCAGAUCACUGAGGAGAAGCCGCUGCUGCCAGGACAAACGCCUGAGACUGCCAAGGAGGCCGAGUUAGCUGCCCGAAUCCUCCUGGACCAGGGACAGACUCACUCUGUGGAGACACCUUAUGGCUCUGUCACUUUUACCGUGUAUGGCACCCCCAAACCCAAACGGCCAGCGAUAUUCACCUACCACGAUGUAGGACUUAACUAUAAAUCUUGCUUCCAGCCACUGUUUCAGUUCGGGGACAUGCAAGAAAUCAUUCAGAACUUUGUGCGGGUUCAUGUGGAUGCCCCUGGAAUGGAAGAGGGGGCUCCUGUGUUCCCUUUGGGGUACCAGUACCCAUCUCUGGACCAGCUCGCAGACAUGAUUCCUUGCAUCCUGCAGUACCUAAAUUUUUCUUCAAUAAUUGGCGUUGGUGUUGGAGCUGGAGCCUACAUUCUGUCACGAUAUGCUCUGAACCACCCAGACACAGUUGAAGGGCUCGUUCUCAUCAACAUUGACCCCAAUGCCAAGGGCUGGAUGGACUGGGCAGCCCACAAGUUAACAGGCCUCACCUCUUCCAUCCCGGAGAUGAUCCUUGGACAUCUUUUCAGCCAUGAGGAGCUUUCUGGGAACUCAGAGUUGAUACAGAAAUACAGGAAUAUAAUCACGCACGCUCCUAACCUGGAGAACAUUGAGCUGUACUGGAACAGCUACAACAACCGCCGAGACCUGAACUUCGAGCGAGGUGGUGAGAUGACCCUCAAGUGUCCUGUGAUGCUGGUGGUAGGAGACCAAGCGCCUCAUGAGGAUGCCGUGGUCGAGUGUAACUCAAAACUGGACCCCACACAGACCUCGUUCCUCAAGAUGGCUGACUCUGGAGGUCAGCCACAGCUGACCCAACCAGGCAAGCUGACUGAGGCUUUCAAGUACUUCCUGCAAGGCAUGGGCUACAUGGCCUCCUCCUGCAUGACUCGCCUAUCGAGGUCCCGCACGGCAUCUCUGACCAGCGCAGCAUCCAUUGAUGGUGGCCGGUCCCGCUCCCGCACCCUGUCGCAGAGUAGCGAGUCUGGGACCCUCCCUUCUGGACCUCCUGGGCACACCAUGGAAGUCUCCUGUUGAAUGACCCUCAGUUCCCUGGUGUGGGAUCCCAGCCCUCACCUCCCGCAGCACUAACUUGAGAGGUGUAUCGGGGCAUUGGGCCAGGGUACGCAAGGAAAGUGGGCAGAUCAUGCAGGGAGGUGACCUCCGUCUUUAAUUGUUACCCUAACCUUGACCUUUAACCUGUGAUUUCCUCCAGCUCCUAGGUGAGAUGUCCUAAUAUCUCGUAGUGAUCCAGGCCCCCUAAAUUAUCCCCUCUCCCGUUUUGGUGUUGUAGCUGUCACGGGGCCUCCACCACUGCCCCUCUUUAUCCCAUAUUUGCAAGGGUUAAGAGAGUUGGUGUGUAUGUGUUGGGAGUUGGGAGCUGGGGUGCUCCAAUCCCCGAAGCUGACAGUGGAUUUGCCUUGAUGCUUCAGGUCUCUGAAGGCAGCGGACCUAAAUGAAUGUCUAUGGGGGGAGGCUUGCUGGUGGGUCAGUGGUCCUACAGACGUGACAGAAAUAGCCAGCAUGUAAAAAGACAGAAUGGGAGAUGGUGGGCAGUGAGUAAGAGCAAUGGUAGGAAUGGAGCUGGGGCAGUAGGGAGGGGCCUGGGCCAUUCGGCCGCACUAACUUUGGUAGCUGUCAGUGUGCACCUAGCAUGGGACUGGGGGAGAGAGCCUAGGUCAGACUGCUUGGAGCUUGACAUAAGGGUGGGAAGGGCUACCUCAGGCCCUGACCAUACUGUUAUGGUGACCUCCUGUCUUGCACAACUUCUGCUGUGACAAUAAACUAUAGAGGAAACUGA